AUUCCCUUCAGGAAGUGACGUCACGUCGCCAAUGGCGGCUCGCAGUUUCAUUCCGGAUUUCCAGUGGACUACAAACUGAUUUUAGCCCCACAAGUUGGACUCUGUGGAAGUUAUUUUUUUACAACGACUUCGGACACCGCGCACAGCCAAGCCGAACCGAGCUAGAGUUGGAAUACAAAGCGCCCGGCGGUCGAUCGACUUAUUUUGGAGCCGGGUUCAAGGUGGUCACCCUGUCGAACGAGCUAGCAGGAGCUAACGCCACUUAGCUCAACGAGGUCCAAAACAUUAGCAGACCUUCUCAGUGCGAUCGUGUUCGCCUGCUAUGCCAUUCGGCUCCAUUUAAGGCUCAUCGUGCCACAAGCGUGCAAAUCGAAGUAUUCACGCCUCUGCCAGGAAAUUGCUCGAUUGGCGGCUAAUGCCGACCGUCAGCCGCAGUUCUUCCGCCGACUGCUGACUUGUCGUGGCCCGUCAACAUGCUGAAGACCCGCCAGUGUUUACUCGGCAUCCGCACUUUUCUCGGCGUCACGUCCAGAAUAUGGGGCUUCUUCAUGUACAUCCUUAGGAAGCACCUGCGAACGAUCAUCCAGUAUCAGACUGUGCGAUACGACACUUUGCCUCUGUCGCCUAUCUCCCGAAACAGACUAAAUGGGGUCAAGAGGAAGAUUCUGGUGCUGGACCUAGACGAGACCCUUAUCCACUCUCACCACGACGGGGUCUUGAGGCCCACGGUGAGGCCAGGAACGCCGCCUGACUUCAUCCUCAAAGUCGUCAUUGACAAGCACCCGGUGCGAUUCUUCGUACAUAAAAGGCCACAUGUGGACUUCUUUUUAGAAGUGGUGAGCCAGUGGUACGAGCUGGUGGUGUUCACAGCCAGCAUGGAGAUCUACGGCUCAGCAGUGGCCGACAAGUUAGACAACAAUAGGAACAUUCUCAGACGCAGAUAUUACAGACAGCAUUGUACAUUGGAUUUAGGUUUUUAUAUCAAAGAUCUGUCGGUCGUACACGACGAUCUGUCCAGUAUUGUCAUCCUUGACAAUUCCCCCGGUGCUUAUCGAAGCCAUCCAGAUAAUGCAAUACCUAUCAAGUCCUGGUUCAGUGACCCCAGUGACACCGCACUUCUUAACUUGCUGCCUAUGCUGGAUGCGUUAAGGUUCACCGCCGAUGUUCGCUCCGUCCUCAGUCGAAACCUCCAUCAGCAUCGGCAUUGGUGAUUGGCCGAAUGAGAGAUUCGGUCAAAAGACGACCCACCGGCGCCCCCUCGUCGGAGGGGAGGGUUGGGAUGAACACUUUGGGUGCCAGAUUUUUAGCCCCGCCGCAAUUUUAGUUCUAUAUUUGAGCCCUUGCCCUGACAAAGAAAUGGAUCAUCUCAGACAACUUUCGAAACUUUUUUUUCUGUCCCUCGCUGAUGAUGCAAUGAAAAGGAUUCGCAUAUUCAACAAUACUAAGACACGUUUUCACGAUUCACUGAUCAAAUAUGCUUUUGGUCCCCUUUUUUUCCCCCCAAAAGGAUACAAACAAUGUUUUUUUUGCUUCCAAGACAUCGUUCAUCCUCGGAUAUUGUUUUGUGGGUUUUUAAAUAGGACUGAAAAUCCUCAGAUUAAAACAUGGCUUGUAUCCAUUCUAUAGACUGCUGUGCCGUCUUUUCCAUAUCUGUCAUCAUCAAAUAACGUUUCACUCUGCUCAUGGAAUUGCACUUGAUUCUGUUUUUGAUUGACAACCCUCCCUUUACCGAGAGCCUUUCAAAAUGCCUUCUGAACAAUAUUUCCAGGCUCCAAAGCCGCUUCUUUAUUGGCUCUGUCUUACUAAUUAAAAAAAAAAAACCACAACACUCAGCUGGAAGUACUGAUAGUUUUUGUCCUUAUUGAGCAUAAAAACGGUCCUUUUAAAAAUGAAACAUUCCCCGUCAGAACUCUUCAUUAAUUUGACUCACGGUGUCUAUUAAGUGUUAUACAUGUCAUACCAGUGUAACAAGAAGCUUGAAAGAUGAACGUUCAUUAUUUCUCUCAAUUGUAACAUGUUUCCUCACCUUUAUUAAAACAUGCCAUAUACUGUA